GUGAGCUUCUUAUAAACACCGCUGCAAAUGAAAAUGCUGUUAGACAAAUGAUGGCUGUACUAAGUGAAAGCUAACAAGGAAUUUUAACAUGACCGUUGUUUUAGUUUGAAUUUCAUAAACUUCAGGAUCUGCACAUCAUAUAUCAGAUAAGAUGUUAUAACAAUAGUGCCUCAGUCUGUCUAUGUUUAGCUUCAUUAAAGGCUUUGUAAACAAAGGUAUAACAGCUUUAUCAAAAAUGACAAAAUCAUCUAAGGUGCCCGACAAUGAUACCUCAAAAGGUGCUAAAGCUCAGCCAGGACGGAACAAAGCCAGAAAAAGUUUUGAAGUCAUCAAAUCUAGAUCAAAUGUUCAGAGUGUCUCUCCAGACCGUAAGCCAUUCCCAAAGCACAAAGCCAGGAAAAGUCCACCACAUGGCCCAACUUCAGAGCUUAUUUCAAAAAUGAGGCAGGAACAAUCAAUGGAAAAAGUCAAAAAGUCUUCUUUAGGGAAAGUAAAACUUAAGAACAAAGCUAGAAAGAGUAUGCCACAGUCUCCUAUUGGGAAGAAAGAAAUUGAAGAUGUUACCACUGUUAACUUAUUCCCAAUUGCAAAUGUUUCACUAAAGCUACCGGAAAUACAUGAUGCAUUUGGAAUUGAUGAACCCAAGAAAACACAGGAUGUUAUAUUUCGUAAGAUGAAACCAGAAUCAAGGUCACAAUCUGAGAAUUCUGGGAAGGGAGACGAUGCAAAGAAAACAAGAUUAAAAAAGCGCAAACGGUUAAGAAGAUUUAGAGGCGGAACUUAUAGCCUGGGAUUUAAUAGUACAAAAAAUAAAAACAAAAAGUCUAAAUUAACAUCAUCUCAAACACAGGAACACAAGACUAAUACAAAUGAAUCAAUUUUUAGUGAUAUGAAUCGUGACCAUCUCAGGACCAGUAGUAGUAUCAAUCAAACAAAUCUUCACCAAUCGUUGACAAACAUGUUAAAAAACGACAAACUCGAAAUACAGGAACAGCUUCAACGAGUCAUACAAAGUGGGACACAAAUAGUUGAUAUCGAUCCCAGUAGAACAAGCUCAUCCGAUGAGUCCAUGAAAAGUCGACCUAUGUCAUCAUUGAAUUCAUCUUCAGAGUCAUCACAGCAUCAACCAGGUUUUACUUCUGCAUCCAAUCAUUCAGCUAUUGUAGAUGCUUCAUCAUUAGAUUCAGAUGCUUCAUUAGAUGUGGCUUUCUCCCAAUCAAAGGGAUCCUCCUCUCCUACUGCAAGGAAACAAAUGACAAUUGCCCAAACUCUUGCAAGGCCACUUCCUGAGGAUAGAGCCCAUCCAGGUGCUGACUCUAUUAGAUUGCUUAGGAAGAGGAAACCUGGGGGAACAGGGGGAAGCGGGUCUCAGUCUGAGGCUGAAUCAAGUGACACAGAAAAACAUACUCGGAAGAAAGGAAAGAAGCCAAGAAUUCAAACAGACUCAGCUGUUGGUUUAAGUGAAGGGGGUGUGAAUGAGACUAUAGGUGGAGCUAGUGUGCCUUCUUUGGGUGAGCCUAGCACUGUGAUUCCUCUCUCGUUAAAGUAUGAGCAUCAACAAACUCAACGUGCUAUUGCAGAAUUGGAGAAUGGGAAAUUUGUGAAUACUCCUGAUGGUUUAAUGUAUCCCGUGACACCCCCUGAGACUCCCGAUCACUCGCAUAAUAACAGCCCUAUCCCUACCCAGGCCAAGGGCUCCCUGAAAGACCUUAUACCAUUGUGUUGCUGUAAAAUAACCAGUAAUUCAUAUGCACCAAAUAGUAAAGGCAUGUAUUGUCAGGCAUUGGAUACAUUGCUUAACAAAAUCUGUGGCUGCAGUAACAAGGUCACUGGAGGUCUUUUGGUGCGUCCUGCUCCUAAAGUACCAUUUAUGGCUGUCUGUGAAGUCCACAGGAAGCGUCUAAAGGUGCAUCAUUGUUGUCCUGGAUGUGGUCACUUUUGUGCUCAGGGAACAUUUUAUCAAUGCAAAGUGGAUGAAACGGAUCCACAUAUUUUCCACAAGCAAUGUCAGAUCCAGAGAGGUGGGGGUACAUACUGCCCUCACUGUGGGGAGGAGAGUGUCCAUGAGGAGGUGACUAUGUCACCAAAUGAUAUAAGACAAUCAUUAGGUGUCACAUCAGCAAUGGAGGGAUCUCCUAAUCUCAAUGCAACUGCCAGAAUGGGCUCAUUAGUAAAGAAGGGAUCAAAUGCUGAUGAUGAUGAUGAUGCCACUCAGGAACCACCAGCUAUACCUCUAGGGCCAGAUGGCAAAGCUUUACAAGAAAUGAUCUCACAAUUCGUGGCAAUAAAAAACAAGGGACCACAACGACCAAAGUCAUAUGCUACAUCCUUCCUAAAGGCAGCAGCCACAGGUGAACUAUGGAGAAUCAUACAGAUGUUAGGUGAAGGCUUUAAUCCUAACCGUAAGUUUGAUGGUGGUGAGACAGCACUCCAUGCAGCUGCCAGUUCUGGCUACCUGUCCAUUGUACAUGUACUUAUGGAGGCAGGAGCUGUUGGUGACGUAUUCAAUGAGGAACUUGUGACACCUCUCAUGAAGGCAGCAGGCAAUAACAAUGUCGCAGUAGUCAGGUACCUGGUUGCCGCGGGGGUCGUGGUGGAUUCAAAGGGAGAAUAUGGUAUGUCUGCAUUGCAUCUUGCUUCCAAGGCAGGUCACCUAGAUACCAUACAAUAUUUGUUAUCCACUGGCAAGAUAGAUGUGAAUAUCAUGGAUGAUGGGGGCUGGAGUCCAAUCAUAUGGGCUACUGAACACAAGCAUGAGAAGGUCGUGAAAUAUCUUGUUAAACAAGGUGCUAAUCCUAAUCUAAGAGACCAUGAAGAGAACACUGGUCUUCACUGGGCAGCCUACUCAGGUUGUGUUGCAAACAUGGAGUUGUUCCUUGACUGUGGAUGCAGCCCAGAAGCUGUUAAUGAGCAUGGUGACAGACCUUUGCAUAUAGCAUCUAGACAGGACCAUUAUGAGGCAGUUGCGUUACUCCUGAUAAGAGGUGCUGACAGUCAAGCGAGGAACAAUGAGAAUGAACUGCCUAUCAAUUGUUGCCUAGACAGUACUAGUAAGGUGUACUUGGCUUUAGAAGUAAAUAAACAUCUUAAAGAUCUUGCUACAAAUAAACUCCACAAACCCACAAGAUUACUUCACAGAGAUGUAUCCUGUGGUAAAGAGGCAACACCUAUUCCAUGUGUUAAUGGCUCAGAUAGUGAAAACUUCCCACAAGAUUACAUGUACCUUGUAGCAAAUGUAGAGACCAUACCUAUGAAUAUCAACAAAAUAGUUACCAGUAUUCAGUACUGUAAGUGCAGAGAUGAGUGUGGAUCACCUCUGUGUGUGUGUGGUAGAAAUAGCAUUAAAUGUUGGUACAACAAAGAUGGUCGACUAAGUGACGACUUCAAUAUGAUAGAGCCCCCGCUUAUAUUUGAAUGCAAUAAAGCAUGUGCCUGUUGGAGCUCUUGUCGGAACAGAGUCGUUCAAAAUGGAAUUACGUGCCGAAUGCAGUUAUUUAAAACAGUAGGUAGAGGCUGGGGAGUGCAGACACUUCUUGAUAUUCCUAGAGGAUCUUUUAUAUGCGAAUACGUAGGUGAAUUGAUACCUGAUGCAGUAGCUGAUGAGAGAGAGGAUGAUUCAUAUCUCUUUGAUCUUGACAAUAGGGAUGGAGAUACAUUUUGUAUAGAUGCUCGUAAAUAUGGAAAUGUUGCACGAUUUAUAAACCAUCGUUGCGAGCCAAACAUUGUUCCUGUGAAGGUGUUUAUCGACCAUCAAGAUUUGCGCUUUCCAAGAAUAUGCUUCUUCGCAUCUAGGGAUAUUAAAGCUGGGGAGGAAUUGGGGUUCGACUAUGGUGAAAAAUUUUGGAUGGUAAAAUGGAAACAUUUUCUAUGUCAUUGUGGGUCAGAUAGAUGCAAAUACUCUAAAGUUACUAUCCAAGACACUCUAGUUGACUUCAAGAAGAGACAAUACGACAGUGAUAGUCCUGAUGAUUUAGAUUAAUCAAAAAUUCUACCAUCAGGGCUAUCACCGAGGAUUUGGAGAUUCUGGAUCUGUUUGAAAUAUUUGUCUCUGAAAUUGUUAUUGUUUUAAGAGAAUUUAUGUGUGAGUUUGUAUUCUGAUGCAUUAAUAUUCUCAGUUUGAGCAAUUUAUUUGACACGGAUCCUGAAAGACAGUGAUGUUAUGAAUACUUCCAUACUCCUGCAUUCGAUUUUAUGUUGUUCGUAUUGUAAUGGAUUUUAUACUGGAUGAUUAUAAAGAUAUAUAUUUGGUUUUAGUGAUGGAGUACUGUGAGGAUUGCUUUGGUUUAAUUAGACCCUGUAUGUCUAUUAUAAAUGAUGUAUUAUUGGGAUAUGGUUACUAAACAUAAAUUUACACGCUUAAAAGGAACUAGGCUAUACAAUACAGGAAUAUGGUGAUUUUAUAGAGAAUAUUAUGGGAUAUAAACUCUUCAUUGUGUUAUUCCUUCAAACUUGCUUUUUAUCAACUAAAUAGACCUUUCUGAUAAAUCCCGUCCACUUUUCCUCCAAAAACAUGGUAUGUUUGAUGGUUUAAUAUUGUGAUACAGUAUAUCGGAACUGUGUUGCAUUUUAAGAAAUUCUUCCAAAUCGGUAUUGUGUUCCUCAUACGUUGCAGUAAAACUGUACAUUCUAUCCAAUAGGUGGCGUGAUUUACUGGAAUUGUCUGUUUCUCCUCAAAUGUUUGAGGAUGACUGCUCCCUACAUUCGUUGUGAUGAUCAUGUAAACAAGAACAGUUAUAAACAAUGCAAAAUGGAAAACACUCAAGUCAACAUUUUGAUAUUCUUUCUCUGCCACUUUGAUAGGAAAGAGGAGGGACCUUGAUUAUCAAAAUGACAUGAAAUGAGUGGCCACAUUAUUUUUUGUCAGAUAUUACUACAGUAAUAUGCUUGUUAGGUUAUUUUAAGCACUGUCAUGUAGCAACAAGUAACCAGUAUAUUAUAACAAUACAAGCAUUUAUAAAUAUCCAGGCAAAUGCUAGGCCUUAGUCUGUGUACCACUAAAACGAACGCUCAAGAGUGGUAUGCGAAAUGAAAUUAAAACUACGUGUAUUGUUUUAAAUAAUGCUUGACAUAAGUAUACUGUACUUAUUAAAAGAUGUCACCCUUGCAUUGUAAUAAAACAUUAAAUGUUACAUUGGAACUUGUAUUGGCCUUGGCGUGAUCAGGAAAUUAGUUAUACACAUAACACUACACAAUUACAUUACUUUUAAUGUUUAGUUUUAACAGUCCUAAUUUAGUUAUUAGUGAUUUCUUAAAAAUGACAGUUAUAUACUAAUAUGUUCUCCAUGUUAAGCUCUUGAAAGUGGAGGUCUUGACUUUAUAAAUGUGACAGACCUGUGACCUUAAUGUUUAUAAAAAGUAAGAAAAAUCAAGUGUUUUUCUAAUGUAGCAUUGUAAAAAUACCAGGGUAUAUUUUAAGUACUUUUAGAAAAUUCAUGAUCAUUUUUUAUAACUCCACUUUACUUUUGCAAAUACGUUUUUGCACACACUGUUGUAACAGAUUUCACCAUAGCAGAGGCUAUAAAAUAUCCUUAAAAUGGUUAACAGCUAAUUCUAAAAAUGGAUAGAUCAUAAACUGGCUCUCAACCAUUUUUGUGUUUCUGCAUGAAACUGAUAGACUGACACCCCCUCUCUUCCAGGCUAGGAUAAACAUAAGGUUCGAAAUUAGGCUUUUAUUUCUUCAGUUAAUUAUGGCAUGGGGCUUAUUAUCCCAACGAACGAAGUCCGGUAGGGAUAAAGUGAAGCCCUC